AUGAAGGCAAGUUUUGAUACAGCCUCAAGACUAAAUCCAGAUCAAGCGAUGGCAGGAUAUAUGUCCCAGAUCAUGGAAGAUGCAGUUUCUUUCAGUCCCUCUCAGAUGGUUCUUACAGCGGGUGGAAACCCUGCAAUUGAAAUGCUUAGCUUCUGUCUAGCAGAUGCUGGAAAUGCAUUUCUGGUGCCAACACCAUAUUACCCUGGAUUUGACAGGGAUGUAAAGUGGCGAACAGGGGUGGAGAUAAUACCGGUUCCUUGCCGCAGCGCUGACAACUUCAGUUUGAGUAUAACUGCACUUGAUCGAGGAUUCAACCUGCAAAGAAACGUGGUCUCAAACCUUCUAGACUUUGCUAGAGAGAAGAACAUACAUAUUGUGUCCAAUGAAAUAUUUGCAAGGUCCACUCAUGGGAGUGAGGAGUUUGGGAGCAUGGCAGAAGUUAUUGGUUCAGAUGAUCUAGACCGGGACAGGGUACAUAUAGUUUAUGGUCUAUCAAAAGAUCUCUCUCUUCCAGGUUUUGCGGUGGGCGUAAUCUACUCCUUCAAUGAAAAUAUUCUAGCUGCUGCUAAAAAGUUGACAAGGUUCUCAUCAGUUUCAGCUCCGACACAGCAUCUGCUUAUCUCUAUGCUUUCAGAUACCGACUUUGUUCAGAAGUCAAUUAAGAAUAGUAGGGAGAGGUUCCGAAGAAUGUAUGCUGCAUUUGUGCCAGGGUUGAAGCAAUUGGGCAUUGAGUGUACAAAGAGCAAUGGGGGCUUUUCCUGUUGGGCUGACAUGAGUGAGUUCAUCAGCUCUUACAGUGAGAAAGGGGAGCUUGAGCUUUGGGACAAAUUGUUGAAUACAGCAAAGCUCAAUGUUACUCCAGGGUCUUGCUGUCAUUGUAUUGAACCCGGAUGGUUCCAAUUCUGUCUUGCCAACUUGACAGAGAGGGAUAUUCCUGUAGUUAUGGACCGAAUUCAGAAAAUUUUGAGUGUUUGUAAAGCAAGCAGUUGA